CAUUCAGACAUCUUGCAGCGACAUCCAGUCAACAGAGAUCAUGGACCUCAUCAAACCCCUCCAGAGCAUCUACUUCAUGUUCGACAAGAUGAAGGACAAUAAUCAGACCUGCCCUCACGUUCUGGAGAGACUCAAAGCCCUGGAGAAACUGGCUCUUUUCAUCCUACAGAAGGAGUCGGAGCAAAUCUCCGAUGACGUGAACGAAGCGUUGGGGAAACUCAACAAGGUUCUGCUGUCAGCUGAUGAGCUCAUCAAGAAAUUCAUCAAAUCCUUGGAGCAGACAUUCAACGUGAAAGACUACAAACCAGAGUUCGAAACCCUGAACAAAAGCCUCACUGAUGCCUUCGUGACCCUCUCAGCGGCCCUGCAUGCCAAACAGGGGAAGAUGCUGGACAAGCAAGAGACACAGCUCACUGAGCAGGAGAGCAUGCUCAAUGAGCAGAAGGUCAUGCUCAGUGAGCAGAAGGUCAUGUUGAAAUGGCAGAAGAAGAAGAUGACCGAGACUGGGAGGAAGCUUGCAGAGCAGGAUAGGAAGAUGGCGGAGCAGGAUCGGAAAAUGGCGGAGCAAGAUAUGAAGCUGGCAGAGCAGGAGAGGAAGCUGGGCAAGUUAGAGGACAUGUUGCAAAGAGUGGAGACAAAGUUAGUGUGUGAGAGUAGAAGAAACUGCCCUAUUCUGUAAUGAAGGAGCAUCAGAGUCAGUUGUACAAAAUGGAAGGAAUUUGCAAGGUUUAUGUUCUUUAAUGAUACUAUCAUGUUUAGAAGUAGACCCAAGAGCAAAAAACCUCCUUUUUCUGACCUGAAAAAAUCAAUUAUUUAAAAUUUCUACUUUUCUGUUUUCUGUCUUUUCUGAUUUCUACAGUUUGCAGACGAUGUCCUCCUUCUCACUGGCAAUAACAUCAUGAGGCUUAAAGCAUUUUAUAGAGAAUGAAAAUAUCGUUGCCAACAAACGGACAUCACAUGUAAUUUGUUUACUAUACAUUUUGAUGUAUUUUCAAGAUCAUAAGUACGUUCCAUUACCAUAUAACUCCUGCUCCUUGCAUUACAAUGAUAACGAAGAGAGUUAGAGCCACAUGUGGAUUUUUUUAGGAGAUCUGCCCAAAAGUGACUAACCAGUGUUGUAACAACAGAAGAAAACUGAAAGAGGAGUGCUCUGUAACAAGCAGGUUAUUUUGUUGGAGUUUUAUAGAAAGGAAGGAUACUUUUUGAUCAUGGGUCUCAAUGUUUUACAGGCAGGGUUGCCAAAUUAAGUUUUAUAUUAAACUGGGCCUGCCAUAAAAUGUAAUGCCAUGUAUAAACGAUGAUGUUCAUGGAAGAUUUGACACUAAGAUAGUAAAAUGAUAAAACGUAGCCGUAGUUAACUGCUGUUAUUAAUUAACAAUGAUACAAAGUCCAUUACAAAUAAAACAAUAAGAUACAUUAACCUGCCUACAACUUAACUAAA